GCCGGGCACGUUCCCGCGGCCGUGCGCGCCCGCUUUCGAACAGUCCGCGGAGGCGGGUUUGCGGCGCGGCGGAGCGCGGCUCCCCUCUUCCCGCCUUCCCGGGCGGUUCUGCGGCCGCCGGUUGGCUGCUGCCGCUGUCAGUCAGCGCGGCGGGCGCAGGGUUCGGUUGUCAUGCGGAAGAGCGGCGGGCGCGCCUUUGUUGUGGAGGCGGGCGGCCGCGGCGCCGGGCGGCUCAGGUUUUGCUGGAUGCUCAAAAACAUUAGAAAACAAUGUCUCUUGACUUUGAUAGUGCAGCUCUACAAACUCAACAUGAAGAUGAAGACUAUGACCAAGAGGAUUAUGCAAGAGAACAAGAGUUGCAACAACUAUUGACAGACCUUCCCCAUGAUAUGCUGGAGGACAGUGGAGACCAGCUUUCCAGCUAUUCGGACUGUAGCAUACACGAGACCGAGGAACAAUCGCAUGAGCCCGGGAAGCAUGAUGGAAGGUGGAACGAUCAUCCCUUGAUAAGUGAUCCUCAAAAUGUUUAUGAACAAGGACAAAACCUGUACCCUGAACAAUUCUUGUGUGACCAGCAAACUGAUCAUGUAGAAAAACAUGGCAAGAAUUGGAAUGGCCUACAUAACGACGAAGAGAAGAAACAUUUAUAUGAAGUUAAAGAAGGUUACUGUGACCAGAAUGGUCAAGAGGAUCCUGAUGAUGUGUAUCUUGGUAGAGAAGGGUUUAAUGCUCCAAGUCGUUACCAACAGAACAAUGUGUAUCAUCUUCCUGAAAACUUCAGGCCAUAUACAAAUGGCCAUAAACCAGAAUUUAACAACCAGCAAAAUAAAAUAAUAAAUUUUCCAGAUGCUCCAAAGGAACAUCUUAAGCAAUUUGUUGCAUCUGAUGUUGUUGGUGGGCAAUCGCCAGAAUCUUACAAAGUGACUUACAAACCAUACCAAAAUGGCAUUCAUCAAAAAAUGCCAGUACUCCAAGAAGGAACCAGAAGAAAUGAAGUAUUUGAAGAUUUGCAACGUGAAUUCUUGGGCAAUGAUGACAAUUCUUCAGAAAAUAUGCAGAUUCUUCAACUUCAAGUUCUAAAUAAAGCAAGAGAAAGACAACUGGAAGAACUUACUGAAAAGCUAGAAAAGAGUGCACAGCAGAUUAGGUAUUUGAAUCAUCAGCUUUCAAUGGUCAAAGAUGAAAGGGAUGGUUUGGCUGUUAGUCUUCGUGAGUCUCAAAAACUCUAUCAGAAUGGAAAGGAACGGGAAGUGCAUCUUGAAGGUCAAAUAAAGGCACUUGAAACUCAAAUUCAGAAUCUUACUACCAAUGAGGAGCAGAUAUUGAAGCAAUCCAAAGUGGCGGAGGUAGCCAUGGAAAGCAUGCAGAAGCAGCUGUUAGAACUUCAGCGAUCAGAUGCCCUUCAGCGAGCCAGAGAACAACAUGAAGCCAUUAUUUCAGCACUCAAGCAGAAGUAUGAAAAGCAAGUAUUAUCAUUAGAGCAGAAACUUGAGACUACAAAAUCUGCACUCCGAGAGCAGAAAGAGCUGUGCAAAAAUCUAGGAGAACAUGUUAAGCAACUUGAAAAAAUGCUGGAAGAAACCAAAUGUGAAAAAACUGAAAUAAUAAAUCGACUGACAAGAAGCCUAGAAGAAAGCCAAAAGCAAUGUGCAAAUUUACUGCAAACAGGCUCGAUGCAGGAGACAAAUCAGUUAAGGUUUCAAUUGCAACAAGCUCAGUCUGCACAAAUGAUAAGCAAUAACAUGAACAAGGCUUUGCAGGAAGAAUUAACAGAACUGAAGGAAGAAAUAGCUUUGUAUGAAUCUGCUGCCAAGCUUGGAGUAUUUUUGAAUGAUGCAGGUGGAGAGGUGCCUAUGAACCUGGGUGAUUCCUAUGUAGAGUUGGGAAUUAAAAAAAUCACUGGGAAGAAACCAAGGAUCUGCAGUGCAAUGCAGAACAGAGACAUGGAUAAAGAGCUCUCUAAAGAUGAAAUUAUUGUAGAAUUAAAAGCCGAGCUGGAACGUUUAUUGAGCAGUAAUAAAAUGAAGAGAAACCAGAUUACUCAAUUACAAAAUGAUCUUAAAGAUUGCCAGAAGACUUUAGAGGAAUACAAGCAGUUGUUGAAAGCAGAGAAAGCAUCCAAAGAGUCAGAGCCUGUGGCAAAUCUGUAUGAUACUUCAGUGGCCAGUCCUUCAGUUUCUGAUAAUCUCAAUGAAGAAGUUCUGAGGCUCAGAAAGGCUAAUGAAACUUUGCUAAAAGAAGUUGAGAACUGUACUUCAACUAUUGAAGAACUGAAGGAAAAUGAGGAAAACCUGAAAAGCUUAAAUCAAGAUCUCUGUUGUCAGAUGAGGAAGAUGGUUCAGGAUUUUGAUCAGGAUAAACAAGAAGCCAUUAACAGGUGUGAAAGAACUUAUCAGCAACAUCAUGAGGAUACAAAAGCACAUUUUGAGAAAGACCUGAUGGAGAGGCAUGCUGCAGAAAAACAGCAGCUUAUUAAAACUUAUGAAGAGACAAUCUUGCAGUUAAAGGCUAACAUAGAGGAGCUGAACAGAGAGAUGACUGCAGUGAAGGAAUGUUACAUUGGAGUCUGUGGGGAGAAGGACAACUUGGAAGCUACUUUAAGGCAGAAAUUUGAGCAAGAGCAGCAGCUGAAGGAAGAGAAGCUCAGGAAACAGCUUCUAGAAGAAAAAAAAGACUCUCUUAAGCUUCUGAGGAACGAGCUUGAAGAGAAACACCGCAGUUCUAUGAUAGCAGCAAAGAGGCAGUGGCUGGAAGAAAAAGAACAGCAAGUUGAACAGGAAGUUGCAUUAGCCAAAGUUCACUGGGAGAAGGAUGAAAAAGAGAAUAAAGAACAAGCCUUUGCAAAAAUAGAAAGAGAAUGGCAAAGUAGGCUGGAAGAAAUGAGAACUGUAGUUGAAUGUAAUGACUGCAGCAGCCAAACUGAGCAAGUAACAGUUGUGGAUGAAGUUUCAACUAAAGAGCUAGAAGGGAUUGUUGAAGACCAGAGGCUGCAGAUCCAGAAGGCUCUGAAAGAAAAUAUGGCCUCUGAAGAGGCCUUAAAAGAAUUUGAAAUAGAACUGGAAAAUAAAUACCGUAAAAAUCUUGCCAGCCAGGUAGAUGCAGCUUUAACCCAAGCUCAUGCCAGGUGGCUGCAAGAACUAACAAACCUCAAAGAGUACAAAAUAAAUCUAAAGAUAGAACAAGAAAAAUGGGAAAAAGAACACAAAGAGACUGCAGCAAAGCAGUUAGCCCUCGUUCUCUCAGCUGCUGAAGAAAAAUGGAAGAAAGAAUAUGAGAAUACAGAGAGAUCUGGACCAAGGGUGAAAGAACUUGAAGAAAAAGUAACUUCUCUCAAGAAGGAAUUGGAGCUAAAGAAAGAAGAAAUCCCUGCAGCGAUCAAAGCAGAACUAGCAAAAGCCCGUGCUCAGUGGAACAAAGAAAAGCAAGAAGAAAUCCUGCAGAUACAAGAGCAAAAUGAGAGAGACUACCGAUCAUUCUUAGAUGAUCAUAGAAACAGAAUUAAAGAGAUACUUGCAACAGCAAAGGAGGAUCUUGCAAAGCAGAAGAAUGAUCUCUCCAUUCAGAAAGAAGCAGAAAUAAAGAUGUUACUAGACCAAAAGCAGCGAGAAUGGGAGGCUCAGGAAACAAAGAGAUUGCAGGAUGAAAUUAAUCGGUAUGAGGAGAAGACUCUGGUUGAGCUUGAGUACUUGUUGAGUGAAAUCCAUGAAGAACUUGUCAAGUGUACACAUAGUAAGUGUUCUUGGAAGAAGUGUUUUGACAUUCAUGUUCAAUCAAGCCAUCAAUGCAAAGACAAGCUGAAGGCUUGCUUACAGAAGGCCUAUAGAACCUCACUUUACACGAUUCUGGAAAAGAGAGAGCGAGAAUGGAAAGAGAAAUAUGAAGAGCUAGUGAGUAAUGUAAAUAAAGAAGCAUACUCAUGCCUGCAACAUGGUGAAGGAGAAACUGGGGACAUGGUAAGACCUCCUGUGUACAGUGCUGGACACCAAGCAGAAGCGCAAAAGAGGCGAAGACGACAGCUACCCUUGCAGGAAACUGGAACAGACAAAGAAAAUGAGAAGGUUCUAGAGGCUCUAAUUGCAGAAAACUCUGGGAUGAAGACUAAACCGAACGACCUGGAAACACCACCAAGGUCACUGUCAAAGGGAGGCGUCUCAAAACCUUGUACAUCCUCUGACUCUGUGAAAGGGCUGGAAGAAAUGCGCGCUCAGUACAUUAAAGCUGUGAGCAAGAUUAAGUGUGAUAUGCUUUGUUAUAUCCGUGAAAGUAAGGAGCGAGCUGCUGAAAUGAUUAAAGUGGAGGUUUUAAGAGAGCGCCAAGAGACUGCAAGGAAAAUGCACAAAUACUAUUUGACAUGCCUUCAAGAACUGCUUGCUGAUAAUGGGAAACAUGAAGGAGCUGAAAAGAAAAUAAUGAAUGCUGCCAGUAAGCUUGCUACAAUGGCUAAAGGACUUGAAAUCCCUCUUCGACACAUUCCCCAGAGCAAAUCUACCCGGUCAGCUCUGCUGUUAAAUUCUGAUCUGCCACCUGGAGCUGAGUACACAAAAAGAGAUCGCGUGCUUCAGACUAGGUCAAACCAUAUGGAAAGCAAAUCAUGUGGCGAAAGCAUUACCGAAAAAGCCGGUGAUAAAGUUGUCCAGAAACAUGUACCACAUGACUUGAGACAGCAGUUUGAUGCAAUGCAGGCUGAAACUCAACAUACGCUUCAUGAAACAGUGACUUCAAAUACUCAAAAUGGGAAUAAUUCUAAAAAUCUGGAUGGUGCUUCAAGAGAUGCUGUGCCAGAGUUUUAUUCAAAUGAAGAUGGAAGAAGAGAAAAAUACAGCCCCGUUGUAAAUGCAGACAAAGGACUCUUGUGUGCUGCUAGUAAUAUAGCACACCAGAAUGCUUCUCCAUCUGCUUUUCAAGUAACGUUAGAAAAUACACAUGCACCUAGCUUUACAAAUGGCCAUACUAUCUCUGGGCCAACUCAUAUGCUUAAGAGCAAGGGUGAAAGAACAGUCUUGAAAGAGGAUAAAUGUAUACAGUCAUGUGGAAAAUGGAUAACUAAAUCUAAAAGAACUCAGGAAUUUGAUUUUCGAGAAACUCCAGAAAGAGAUGAAGGAAGCUGCAGUGAAUGGAGUUCUGUGAAUGGAAGCCUGGAUUGUAGUGACACACCUUUCUUGUAUCCUCAACAAAAAGUCAGUACUAAUGUGCAAGCGCAGACUGCACACCGUGGGGAGUUUCCUCACAUAAGGUCAUUUUCUCCUGUAGAUGAAAGUGUUACUUCUUGGAGAAACAUUUCUAAAGGCAGUGGCAAGAUUCUUAGCACAAAAAGCAGCGCUAAAGUUUCCAGUAGAGGCCACCUGACAACUAACCCAGAGCAUUCUUCAUUCCUCAACUCUGACAAAUCAAAUUCCACUGUCACACAACUCAAUGUGUUGCAGGAUUCAAAUGCAGGAAAAUGCUGCAACAAAUGCUUGGAAAAAAAUGCUGUGGAAUCUACAGUCUCUUCAGCAAGAUAGUGGUUUUGAUAUCCCGCUUUCUAACCAAACCCAGUAGCAGCAAUGCCUCCUUUGGAGGAGGAAACAGAUAAGGAUUUUUUUAAAUAAAAGUGUGAGGAUUGGGGAAAACCUGUUCUACUGUGUCCAUUUUGUGAUCGUUACACAAUUUGAAGAAAUCCUAUAAAGUUUCUUGAAAUAUUAAUGCAGACUUUUGUUCACCUUUGUAAUAACACUUUCCUAAUUUUUAUAGUGUAUUAUAUACAAAUUUAUUAAAUAGAAUCUAUUUUUAUAGUAAA